AGAGAGAGAGAGAGAGAGCAAAUUAAAGAUACAAUUCUCUCUCACCUCCACAGAUAUCAUAUUUGCAGUUUCAGUCCAUAAUAGUCUGAAGGCAAAGAGACGCAGAGUUUUGGUCCAAAAAUGUAUCAAGACACAGUAAGCUGCAACUUUGACCCAAACCUUCUUCCCCCACCACCGCCGCCGCCGCCGCCACAACAACCGCAAGUUCUGAUGGAAGAGCUUUCUUUUCAUCACCAUCACCAAAAUCAUCAUUCCUCCAUGGAGAUGGAGCUCCAGAACGAACUUGGGUUCAAUGUCGAUAACCCAUACAACACCACCACUGACCAUGACACCAACAUCAACAAUUCCCAUUUGGUGUCCUUUGAUCACCCAACAAAUUGGGACAACAACAUUCACGGAGUCCAUGAUCAGAUGCAGCAACAAUUCCCAGAUGGUACUACUUCUCCUACUUCUACUCCAUACCCACAACCGCCUGACCUUCUCAACCUUUUCACCUUACCCAGAUGCUCCCCCUCCUCUCUUCUUCAAAACUCAUCCAUCACCUUCACAAACACGCUCCCAAAAACCUCAACCUCUUUUGGGUUCCUCGGAGACCUGCCCAGCGCGGUUGACACCCCACUGGGGACGGCUUCUUCCGUUCUGUAUGACCCACUUUUGCAUUUGAACCUGCCUCCACAGCCGCCAAUGUUCAGGGAACUGCAUCAGUCUUUACCACAUGGGUACACCUUGCCUGGCUCCGGAAAUGGGUCUUUGUUCAGUAGCGGUGGCGAUGAGAGGGAAGGGAGCGGAGGAGGGAUUUACCCAGAUCAUGGCACUAUUAAUGCGUCUAUAUUUGAGAAUGGAGUGAUGGAGUUCUCCAGAGAAAUGGGUUCUAUUGGAAGGGGAAGAAAUCUCAAAGGGUCCAAACACCUUGCCAUUGAUCGCGGUCGGAGACAGCAGUUGAAUGACAAGUUCUUUACCUUGAGGAGUUUGAUUCCCAACCCCACCAAGAAUGAUAGAGCAUCAAUUGUGGGAGAUGCGAUUGGUUACAUAAACGAGCUUCUGAGGACAGUGGACGAGCUCAAAUUGUUGGUGGAGAAGAAAAGGCGUGGCAGAGAGAGGAGCAAGAGGCACAAGACUGAACAAGAUGGUGGUGCCGGAGAUGAUGAGAACUGUAAUGUGAAGUUUGAGCCUCGUGACCAGUCCUACAACAACGGUUCUCUGAGGAGCUCGUGGCUGCAAAGGAAAUCCAAAGACACCGAGGUCGAUAUCCGCAUUAUCCACGACGAGGUUACCAUCAAACUGGUGCAGAAGAAGAUCAACCUGUUGCUGUCUGUGUCCAGGCUUCUUGAUGAGCUGCAGCUUGAUCUUCAUCAUGUUGCUGGUGGCCACAUUGGCAAUUCCUACAGCUUCUUGUUCAAUACCAAGAUGUAUGAAGGGUCUUGUUUGUAUGCAAGUGCUAUUGCUGGCAAGUUCAUUGAGGUUCUGGACAGACAAUAUUCAGCAGUUCCACCUACCAGCAGUUAUUAGGAACGCAUUUGAUGGUCAUUGAAUUAAUAUUAAGUCUUCUAAAUAGUAUCAUUUUCUUGUGUUGGUUUUACUAAAUGAUUCUGAAUACUUUAAAUGCAAUUCAAUAUAUAACUAGUAUCAUUCCAAUUGUU